AUGGCUAAUAAUAUUAAUCUACUCUCAGAGUGGUUGCUACCUAUUGCAAAAGUUACAAAGAAGAAAUCAGAUCUUGAUAAUUUUUAUAUGGUACCUAAAUAUCGUCGUCAAUUCUGUGGUGAUAUUCAUUUGAAUAGAAAUACUCAAUAUGAUAAAUAUACUUGUCUGAUAACUGUGAAUCAUACAUUACAUGAUGAAAUGGGUGAAGGUUUUGGUUCUUGGUGGUUGAAAUAUAAGAGUGCUAUACCUCGUUUCCCUUAUCCUGCUGAUUACAAUUCAAUUCGUGAAAGACCUCCAUCUGCUCAAUUAGUUCAGCAAAGACCUGGUGGUAAUGCUCAUCUUGCAAAUUUUGAUAUCGAUGAAAAUGGUUUAUUACCAAAUGGUCUGAUUCCAAUGGUUAGAAGGAGAGCUAUUCAUCCUGGGGAGGAUCUUCCUUCAGAUGAUGAUGAUCCAAAUGCUUACAAUUUAUACCGUGAUGAUCCACCAGAAAAUUAUUUCAAUGGUGGAAAUAGAAAUAGAAAUAGAAAUGGUGAUGGUAAUGCUAAUGUAAAUAGAAAUGGAAAUGGACAGAUGAAUGGCAAUGCUAACGGUAACAUAAAUGGACACACGAAUGGCAACGUGAAUGGUGUUGUGAAUGAAAAUGGAGGUGGGCAUGAUCAUCAAAUCCCUCAAUAUCCAGAACAAGAGCUAGAACAGGAGCAAGAACAACAAUUAGGACCACCCAUAGAAGCUGCUAUACAAAAUUUAGAAUUAGAUAAUCUUGGUGAUGAAUUUGAUGAUUUACAUGAACUUGAACAUAUUCCAGAUGAUAUAAGUGCUGGUGAAGAAAUGAGUGCUUCACUUCCACCUCUCGAUCCCGAUCUAGUUAUCCCAACAUAUAAAAGUGAACAUCCUGAUGAUGAAUAUUUUUACGCAGAACAAGUAUUGAAAGAAUUUGGGAAUUUGUUUUUAGCUCAACCAGGACUUGAUGAUUUUUUUAAGCAUUAUCAUGUUAUUAUUAUUCAUUUAGAUGCUGAUAUGUUGCAUAGUGAAGCUUUGAAAUUACUUUUGGGUUAUAUCUCAGCCACGUAUCCAUCAAAAUUAGUUCGAUUAUCAUUAAAUUUCCCUAUACUUGGUAUGUUUUUCCCACAAUAUUUCACGGAACUUCUUGAAGGUGGUAUCAUAAUGGGAUUUGAUUUCCCAGGUGUUACUUUUAUGGAUGAUCAACUUGAUUUAACAACUGUUGGUAAUAAAAGUGUCAAUGGUGAAAUAUCUUAUUGCUUUCCUGAUCUUACAGAAGUUUUUCAAACUGUUUCUAGGAUUGACCUUUCAAAUACAGGGACAAAUCGUGUUAAAACUCCUGAAUUGACAAAUUUGACACUUAAUAUUACAAAUAGUUGUAAAAAUUGGCAAUUAAUUAAUUUGUUGAGAUUAUUUAGUGCACCAAAACUUGAAUAUCUUCAUAUUUAUUCAACAAAUAAAGAUUAUCAAUUUGAAUCUGCUAAAUAUGAAAUUGAUAUAGUGAAAGUACUCAAAUUAUUCCCAGAUUUGAAAUCUUUAAAAAUUCAAUCACUUUUAGUUAAUAUAUUAUUUGAAAAAGAAGAAAAUUUUAAAUCACAUUUGAAACUUUUAACAAUAACUGAUUAUGCAGCAGAUUUAGAUUUUGAAGAUUGGGAUUUAAAAUAUUUGAACCUUUUACAUUUGGAAAGAAUUAAUUCCAAAUUGACAAAUUUAGGACAUUUUCUUUCACGUCAUCAAAAUUUAGAAGAUAUUCGUAUUAUGGAAUGUGGAUUCAUACCACUGUUACAAGAUAUAUCUAUGAGAAGAUUGAAAAGAUUUAUUUUGAAAUAUUAUGGAACUGAAUCACCAAUUUUCUUAAUGUCAAACUUAAAAUGUCCAAGUUUAAAACAUUUAGAACUUACAAUAUUAAGAACAAAUUUAUCAUUAAGUAAAUUAUAUGCACCAAAUUUAAUAAAAUUAACAUAUAAUUGUCAACAUCCUACUAAAGUUAUUGAUGGAAAAGUACGUGAACUGGUUACUAUUGCAGAUGAAAUACAUUGUUCUAAAUUGAGAUGGUUAUGUUAUACAUUAGGUACAAGACAAGAAUAUGAAGAUUUAAUGGCAAGUUCAAUUACAAAACAUUUAACGGAUUUUUUCCCCAGAUAUUAUGGAGAUGAAUAUAUUGAACCAGAUGAAGUGAGAAGAUGGAGAAUGAUGCUCGAGGAGAAAGUUUACCCAAGUCAAUAUCAUCAUUUUAACAUGUUUCAAUUGAAUAAUAGGUAUUAA